ACCGGCGUCAUUCGCCACCAUGUUCAGAGGCUGUGUGUUGUUCGCUGUUUUACAUGUUUUUUCCGCACAAGGACAGCUACCACCAAACUUGCCUCCAAACAUCCCUCAAAAAUGUUUAGGACCACCUCCAAUAGUUGAAAAACCUCACGAAUGCUGUCCAAUCCCACCCUUCUUCACAGAUGAGGAUUUCGCCGAGUGCGGCUUCCAAAAAUUGGACGACAGUGAUCCUGAAUCAAAACCACGAGGACCACCUGAUUGUUCAAAACAACUAUGCAUGUUGAAAAAGUACGAGCUCCUCAACGAAGGCGAAGAUAUCGAUGAGGAAGCCAUCACGAAGUUCCUGGACAACUGGGCUGAGAAGAACGAAGAGUUCCAGGCCGCAGCAGACCUAGCCAAGGAACGAUGUGUCGGGAAGAACCUGUUCGGACCCCCGCAGAUAUGCGAGGCCAAUAAGAUCGUGUUCUGCGUCAGCUCGACUAUUUUCGAUAAAUGUCCAACCUGGCAAGACACUGAAGGAUGUACAGCACUGAGGACUCACAUGGAUGACUGUAGACCUCCUUUCCCAAAUUAAAUAUAUUUUUUAAGUAAAUCUUACUGCUUGGC